AUGGCAGAUGAUGAAUUGGUUCUUCUGGACCUGUGGAGCAGCCCAUUUGCCAUGAGAGUGAGAAUAGCUCUAAGAGAGAAAGGCCUGGAGUUCGAGUCCCUUGAACAGGACUUGAGCAACAAAAGCCCACUACUUCUCAAAAUGAACCCAGUUCACAAACAAAUACCCGUCCUCAUCCACAACGGCAAGCCCGUGUCCGAGUCCAUGAUAAUCGUUCAAUACAUAGAUGAUGUCUGGAAAGACAGAGCUCCUUUGCUGCCUUCCGACCCUUAUGGGCGGGCCCACGCAAGGUUUUGGGCCGACUACAUCGAUAAGAAGGUAUAUGGUAGUGGAAGAUUGGUGUGGGGCGCUACAGGGGAAAAGCAGGAAGUGGGAAAGAAAGAAUUGAUCGAGAGCUUCAAAUUGCUGGAGUUGGAGCUUGGUGAUAAGCCUUACUUUGGUGGCGAAAACUUUGGGCUUGUGGAUGUGGGCCUCGUACCGUUUUAUAGCUGGUUUUACGCGCUUGAGACUUGUGGGCAGUUCAGUUUGAUUCAUGAGUGUCCAAGGCUUGUUUCUUGGGCUAAGAGAUGCUUGCAGAGGGAGAGCGUGUCCAAGUCUCUGCCUGAUCAGUACAAGAUAUUUGAUUUUCUGAUGGACCUCAAAAAGAAGUCGUACGUGGUUGAGAAGGCCGGUGAUGGAGUUGACGGUGCCGAGGGCGACGUGGUCGGGAUAGAGCUCAGGGACGCCUGCGAGGAUCUUGAGCUUCAGGAUCUCUUCGUGGAGCUCGAGCUCGGAGUCGGCGAAUUUGUCCUGGUUUCCAGUGUACCUGGGAUUUGUCUGAGUGCUUCGAGGAGGAAGAAGGUCCACUAG